CACCCCAGCAAGCCAGAGGGAAAUCGCUCCUCCCUUUCGUCUUGCGAAAGCCGGCGAGGAAGCAGCACCACCAGCAGGGUGAUUUUGGCAGAAAAAGAGGGGCUGAGGAGAGAGUGGAUAUAUCCUGGGGCUCCCCAGUGUCCCACCCACCCCACCCUAUUUCUUGCCUUGCGCUGCCUUCCCUGGGAGCCAGGUCCCCACGGGCGAUCUGCACACCUCGGAUGCUUGGAGGUAGCUGCUGAUGCAGGAGAAGCCAAAUUUUGCAGGUAAAUGAAUUGCUUAUUCAGGGAAAAGAAUAACUUGACCAAAAAAGACUCUUUGGCCAUAUGAGACAAACGAUUGGAUUAAGAAGAUCUUCCAGCUGCAUGAGAAGUUUCAUUUGACUUCAAAGAAGAAAAAUGCAUUUGCAAAGCCCAGUAAGUAAUGGAUCUGGGAAGAGAGCAGAAGAAGACUCUCAAAGCAUCCAGGCUGGGAGUGGCGGGGCAUUCUGGGAAGGAUCGGUGCAGAAGAUCUUGGAAGGAGACCCCACCAGCUCUGAUGUUGAAUGCCUAAGACUCAGGCAGUUCCUCUACCAGGAGACUGAAGGACCCAGAGACAUUUGCAGCAGACUCUAUGCCAGUUGCCAUCAGUGGCUGAAGCCAGAAAAACACACCAAAGCUCAGAUGCUGGACCUGGUGAUCCUGGACCAGUUCCUGACCGUCCUACCCUUGGAGAUGGAGAACUGGGUCAGAGAGUGUGGAGCGGAGACUAGUUCCCAGGCGGUGGCCCUGGCAGAAGGAUUCCUCCUGAGCCAGGCAGAGGAGAAGAGGCAGAAGGAGCAACAGGCACUGGGUAUGUUAGCCAAGGUGGCCACUGAUCCUCUUCAGACAGAGAAGGCUCCAUCAGACACCAGGCAGAGGCUGCUGUUCAGGGAGGUCGUUCGGGAGGAGGAGGGGGAUGGAGGAACCACCUCACUGGGCUGUGGAAUGACCCCAGAGAUGCCUUCUAGGCCUGCUGUGCAGUCACCAGAUCAGGGACUUAUGAGCUUUGAGGAGGUUGUCGUGUGUUUCUCCGAGGAGGAGUGGGCUCUGCUGGAUCCAGGCCAAAGGGCUCUGCACAGGGAAGUCCUGGAGGAGACUUCUGGGCAUUUGGCCUCGCUGGGGAAUCAGAGGAAGAACAGAAAAAAGGAGGAAGCGCUGAGAAGAAAAACUGAAGAAAAAGAGGAGAAGAAAAAGACAGCAGCUUCUGGAGGGACAGACCUCCAUGCAAUUCCAUUAGAAGAUAAAGCUAGUAACACCUCUCUAAGUGGAAAAGUCUUAACUAAUAAAUCACCACUUAGUGCACAUCACAGCAUCCGUGCAAGAGUGAAAACAUAUCAAUGCACAAUAUGUGGAAACCGCUUCAGCGAUCAGUCAAACCUUUAUGAACACCAAAGAGCCCACACAGGAGAGGAACCAUGCUUGGCGUGUGGUAAGAGCUUCAGUCACGACAAUGCCCUUCUUGUCCACCAGUGUGUCUGCAAUGGAGAGAAAUCAGAUACAUGCUCCAAGUAUGGAAAGAGCUUUGGUGAAGGAGAUAAGCUUCCUUCCCAUCAAAGAUGCCACACAAUAAAGAAACCCUAUACAUGCUCAGAGUGUGGAAAGAGCUUUAGACAGAAGGGCCAUUUCUCUGCCCAUCAAAGAAUCCACACAGGGGAAAAACCGUAUACAUGUUCAGAGUGUGGAAAGAGCUUCAGGCAGGAAGGCCACCUUUCUGUCCAUCAAAGAAUCCAUACAGGAGAGAGACAAUAUACAUGCUCAGAGUGUGGAAAGGGCUUUAGCUACUACUCAAACCUUACCACCCAUUAUAAAAUCCACACAGGGGAGAAACCGUAUACGUGCUCAGAGUGCGGAAAGAGUUUCAGUCGGAAGGACCAGCUUUCUGUCCAUCAAAGAAUCCACACAGGGGAGAAACGAUAUAUAUGUUCAGAGUGUGGAAAGGGCUUCAGCUACUAUUCAAAGCUUGCCUACCAUUAUAAAAUUCACACAGGAGAAAAACCUUAUAGAUGUUCAGAGUGUGGAAAGAGCUUCAGUCAGAAAGACAAUCUUUCUGUCCAUCAAAGAAUCCACACAGGGGAGAAACUUUAUACGUGCUCAGAGUGUGGAAAAAGCUUUAGACAGAAGGGCCAUUUCUCUGUCCAUCAAGCAAUCCACACAGGCGAGAAGCCGUAUACAUGCUCAGAAUGUGGAAAGAGUUUCUGUGAGAAGGGCCAUCUUUCUGUCCAUCAAAGAAUCCACACAGGGGAGAAACCGUAUUCAUGUUCAGAGUGUGGAAAGAGCUUCCGCCGGAAGGACAAUCUUUCUGCACAUCAAAGAAUCCACACAGGGGAGAAACCAUAUACAUGUUCAGAGUGUGGAAAGAGCUUCAGUCGGAAGGGCAAGCUUUCUGCACAUCAAAGAAUCCACACAGGGGAGAAACCAUAUACAUGCUCAGAAUGUGGAAGGAGCUUCAGUAGGAAGGACAAUCUUUCUGCCCAUCAAAGAAUCCACGCGGGGAGAAAUCAUAUCCCAGAAUGAAACCAGAGUGUAGAAGGAGCUUCAGUCAAAAGGCCUACCUUCCUGUCCAUCAAAUAAUCAAUUCGAGAGAGAAACCAUAUACAUGCUCAGAGUGUGGAAAGAGCUUCAAUUGCAACUCAAGCCUUAUCUCCCAUUACAAAGACCACACAGGAGAGAAAACAUUUAAAUGCUAAGAGUAGAGAAAGAGCUUCUUUCAGAGGAUAAAUCUUACUUUAAAAAAAAAAUCCUCACAGAAAAGAAACUGUAUCUUUGCAUAGGAAACAGAGCUUCAGGGGAAGAGCUAUCAGAAACCAGCCAGUCCCAGAGAUAGGGCCACUGUUCUCCUUACAAACUCCUGUUUAUGAGUUAGGCUCUCAUUGGUGGAAACUGGGGAAGUUUGAACUUCUUCAGAGCCAGCUCUAGCCUUUACUUUCAGUCCCCUGAUCCUUCCCCUUUUCAGUGCCAGUCUUUUAUUUAGCCCUGUUCUUCAUGCCCACUGUCCUAUCUCUAGCCUCUGACUGUGAUCUUCAAGCCAGGCCUAGCCCUUGAGCUGUGUGCUGCCCGCAUUACCUUCUCUGGGCCACAACAGUGGACUAAACCUAAAUGAAGAUCAAGGAAUCCACACCACAAAGAAAAGAAGAAGGGGGGGGGGAAGCUUGAAUUGUAAAAAGAGAUUCAGCCUCAGGAGAUUCUUUUCAACCUAUUUCAGAACCUGCAAAGUGCUGAAUGUACGAAACUGCCUUACACGAGUCAGAGUGUUGGUCCAUUUAGCUCAGGACUGUCUGUGUUGACUGGUGCAGACUCCGCAGGGUUUCAGGCAUGGAUCUUUCUCUUUCCCAGCCCUACCUUGAAAUGUUGCCAGGUAAUGAAACUGGCAUCUUCUGUAUGCAAAGCAGGUGCCUUUAUUAAAUUUUAAAUCUAAUUAAAAAUUGUAUCAUCCGAUAAUUAUAUUGAAUUUUAUAAUUAUA